CAGGCCAAUCAAGCCACUACCUAGCAUUCACCCAAUCAGUGCUGCUCACAUGAAAAGCAAACAAACCCUUGAAUAAAUUAGUUUAAUCUCUGGGCCCACUUCAGCUUUUCUCACGUAGCAAAGUGGUAUCCUCUUGGUGCUAUUUCUUACCUCUAAACUGCAGCAGCUAAUGCAGACAAACACCAGGUCAGGAUUUGUUUUGCAGGAUGAACCAGGGGGUGCAAUGAUGGAUGCACACUCUGCAUGGAAUCAAACCGCGCACUAUGAAACUCUUGUGGAUACCAUAUUCUUAAUCUUUAACUGCACAGUCCUGACGCUGACAUUGGCCUUGGGUGUACCAGGUAACUUGUGGGUUUGCUGGGUUGUUUUCAGGACAAAGAGCCUGCAGACGUGCAACAACGCACUGCUGGUCAGUUUAGCCGUCAGCGACCUCCUGAAGUGUUCAGUGGACACCCCUCUGCUGCUCUUCUCCUUCCUGAGCUACGGGGAGGACAGCCAGGUGUCUGUGUCUGUGUGCACCCUGCAGCAGUUCACCUACGCGCUGUGUAGCUGCGUCCAGCUGCUCACGUUGGUCAGCAUCAGCGUGGAGCGCUUUCAAGCUAUCGCGUUCCCUUUCCAAACCGAGAGAAGGAGAGCCAGGGUCCAAGUCUGGAUCCUGUCCAUCUGGGCAUGCGGUCUCCUCCUGGCAGUCAUCUCUUUGACUCUGUCCAAAAAAGCGCUUCUUUACAUGAUGUGUCGUCCACACGUCGCUGCUGCGAAGGACGUUCGAUUUCGGGACCCUUUUGGACCCUACGUCCUGGUGCCGGUCUGGGGUCUGUCUCUAACUGUGAUUGUUAUCCACUAUGUUAGGAUAUUCAAAGUUGUAAGGCAACACCGGAAUAAAGUUUUCAGCCGUGGAGUCAAACUGAGGCCCAGGGUGUCCGAGCACGUGUGGGGCUGGAUGAAGGUCCCCGUUUCAGCACCGCGGACAGCUCCGCCGGACUCUCUCGGGUCUCUAUCCGAUGUGGGGUCCUGCUCCCCAAUGCCUUCCCGCCGGACCGUGCUGCUGGUGGCCGAAGCCAGUGCUCCCUGUGCGGGCCCUUCCACGGGAGGCAGCUUGGAGAGACCUCCGGAGAUUGUGGGAGCAGUGUGUCUCCUCAAACCAGGAGCCAGAGAGCGCGGGAAGAAACAGAUGGAGGGGAAACUGGCCAAGCGAUUUGGGUACAUAAUCAUUGCUUUCACGCUUUUUUGGGUGCCAAUGGUGGUUAUUCUGUUGAUGAACGUCAUCUCGUGGCAGGACACGGACAAAUUGCUGAUGGAGCUGGAGACGUCAGCAAUGGUGCUGACCUGUAUGCAGGCUGCCGUGGAUCCACUCAUCUACACGUUAGUCACCAGACAGUUUCGUUCUGAACUCAGCAAAAUCCUCUCCUCCAUCUCAGGGUGCCCCUUAAAGUUGAGAGCGUGAAGGUCCACAGCUUGAACAUUUGGGUCGCACGGACUGCACUUUGGGGAAUUGAAAAUACCACUUAAGCCGCUACGAUUUCACACACAGAGUGAUUCGGAGGCGGGUGAAGAAGAGAGCCCACAGCCUGUGUAUUUGUGGCAGAUAUAGAUGUUUUAUCAGGCGUUUCACAGUCGGGACACAAGACAAGGUCAUAAAUAAUAUCAAACACCUGACAAGAUACGCACAGCAGUAGUCUCAACAACGACAGGUGGCAUAGGAGGGCAAAGCAAAGAGUGAGAGGGAAACUGACUGAGCCCAGAAAGAAGACAAUCAAAGAAGAAGAGUACAUAACAGAGAGAGAGAGAGAGAGAGACGAACACAGUCACAGACCUCUGCUUUUGUUGUUUGUAAAUCAAAUGUGAUCCUGACAUUUUGAGCAGAAAUUAGUUAGAUAAAUCAGACUGUCGUUUUAAAGUACAACUGACAUAAAUAAACAAUCCUGAAAAAGA